CUAGUACUCUGCCAGAGGGAGUCUGUAGCUUUAGCCCCUCUUCCAUGGUACAAGCCCAUUGACACUGAGUUGUGCCCUGAUGCACAAUAUGUUCCUGAGAAUGUGAAUGAUCCGUGACCUUUGCCUUGUCUUUUUUGGAGUGUUUCUCUAACUACCAGCACAGAUACAGCGGGCCCGGGCCGGAGUUCCAGUGCCGGGAGUAGAGCCGUCAGGAUGCGAGUUGCAGCCGGGGCCGCAGCGUUCCUGCUAUCCCUCUCCGCCAUCCCGGUCUCCUACCUGCUCAACAGUGUCCCCGCCAUGGCAAGCUCCAUGGUGGUGUUUUAUGCUGGUGUUGGAGUCCUCCUUGGCUUGUUGUUGGUAUUGGUGUUGUUCCUGCUCAUCAUUGGAAGACCCCCCAGAGACCCCCUGUUCUAUGCUUUUACUGUGUUCUCCUUUACAAGUGUCAUCGAUUUAAUUAUCUCCCUGGAACAGGAUGGCUACAUCAAAGGCUUCAUGGGAUUCUACUUGAAAGAAGGGGAGCCAUAUCUUCGCAGUGCCUAUGGAAUACUGAUUUGUUACUGGGAUGGGACAGUCCAUUACGCCCUCUACUUGAUGAUGAUAACAGCGAUCUCACUGAGCUGGAGUUACCGCACUGUUGGCCUCUACUGGGUGGGUUCCAUUCUCAUGAGUCUUGUGACCCUUCUAGUUGGAACUGUCAUAGGUAAAUAUGGAACUGAAAUCCGUCCUGCAUUCCUGCUGAAUAUUCCGUAUGUAUUGAUCCCAAUUUGGGCUGGGAAGAAAAUAUAUGCGAUUCCCAGAGCAUUACCAAAGGUGACAGCAGAUCAGGUUGCCACAGAGCAGAGGAAAUGGCUGUAUCGGAGGCCCCUGGAUGUUUGCUUUGUGAUAUAUCUGCUGUUUGCAGCUGCUUACACACUCUUCCGGGGCUUUAUCGCCCUCGAGUGUCGCUUUGAUACCUGUGUGACGUAUGCAUAUGAUCAGGAGCCCUACCUGCUGGACCCAGUGAUGUAUCCCAAGAUCCAGAUGUUAGUCAACAUGUUCUACCUUCUGCCGUUCUUUGGCCUGGCGCUUUACGGCCUGUUUCAACCCGGCUGUGAAUGGAUGCCUGAUCUGACCAUGGUGUUUGCAGGCGCCCUUGCCCAAGCUCAGUUUUCUCACAUUGGCGCUUCUUUACAUCCGCGUACUUCCUUUACCUACCGUGUUCCCCAGAAUGUCGUUUCGUCCUUCCUGUACACCAACAUCCUGUUUGCUGUUGGUGCUGAGCUCUUGGCAUUUCGCUGUAUCACAUGCCCAAGCUUCUUCCUGAGGGGAGUGCCCAGAAAUAAGAACGAACUGGAGAAGAAAAUCAACUAAAGGAUACAGGCCGAGUGGAACACAUGGAGAGGUGGUGAACUGUAAUUGUUGGUCCUUUUAAAGUGAUGUGAAAUGAGGUGUCAACCACAGCCUGGUGAAUAGCAUUCACAGCUCUGAACCAGAAUGUUAUGGGCUAAACCUCCACUGCACAUAAUGGAGGCAGAUCAUCCUGUGCUGUGCAGAGGGAGUGGGUGCACUGUUGGAGCUGCAGUCUUUUGGAUGAGUUGUUCAGCCAAGGCCCUUUCUGCCCUCUCAAGUGGAAAGAAAAGUACUUCAUGAUUACCGUUUUGACAAAGGGCGAGGAAGUUAUCCCUCAUGUCCUAACCAAUAUUUACCCCUCAAUUGACAUCACUAAAACAGGUUCUUUGGUUGUGAUCACACUGUUCUUUGUGGGGUUGUGCUGUGUAUAAAUUGGCUGGUGCAUUUCCUACUUUAUGACAAUGAUUAUGCAUCAAAAACGAAAUUCUUUGAUAACAUUUUGCUGUUAUGCAAGGUGCUACAUAAUUGCAUGUACUUUUGUUUAUACACAAACAGGAAAUUUUGAGAAGAUUUGUAGCUCAGGUUGAGGUUCUGGAUGUGAGUUUGCUCGCUGAGCUGGAAGGUUCAUUUUCAGACAUUUCGUCACCAUUCUAGGUAACAUCAUCAGUGAGCCUCCGAUGAAGCGCUGGUGUUAUGUCCCGCUUUCUAUUUGAACACAUUGAUUUGGAGCCAAUCUACCAUCCCCCUGAGAAAAAGAACAGGAAAUGACAUCACCAACGCAGGAAAUGACAUCACUAACCCAAGGAAACCUAACCAGAUAAAUCGGCCCUUUGAGCCUGCUCUGUCAUUCAAUAAGAUCAUGGUUGAUCAGAUUUCAACUUCAUCUCUACGUUCCCUGAUAAUCUUUCGUUUGAUUUCUUUAUGCACUGCACCUAAUUGUCUAUUCUGUUUCAUAUGUGUGCGCAAUCAUUUUCCCCUUCUUCAGUAUGCCAUUGUACUCCAAAGUUGAAUUUCACACAAAUUCUAUUAUAUCUGAAAACCAACCACAAACCCAACCCUUUUGUAAAACAUCUGUGACAUCUUGUUGGCUUGACCUCCUGGUAGAGUUGUAUUUUAAUGAACUGCUGGAUAGUCUGACAGAUGGAACCCUGAAUCAAUUGGUGGGGCAGACCAAGAGGUCAGUGGAAGCAAACCUUGAAAUUAGAGUGAGGCCAUUCAGGGGCUGGGUUAGCAGCUCCAACUGCAGACAUUCUUUGAGGAAUCAUGACCAUUAAUUGCCUCCAUGCAGUCAGGCCAGAUUUGUUCCUCAUCUCCAGCACCCUUAUAAUUCAGGAAUGAAUGUGUUCAAAGAACAUUUUUUAAAAAGCACAAUGUUUUUAGUGCCUGUAUGAUUUUUGUCCAGGUGUUGUUUGCUAUGGUUUUCUGGAGAACAGUCUUCAAAUCCUCAAGAUUUCUGAUCAGUCUUGGAAGGUAUUUGAUGGUGUUGUCAGAACGUGGCAAAUCACAUGAAAGGAAGUGGAAAUCUGAACGCUAAGCCCCAAAAAGCUGGAGGGGUGGGAGUCAAUGUGAAAAUGUCAAAAGUGACUGAUUAGAUUAGAUUAGAUUCCCUACAGUGUGGAAACAGGCCCUUCGGCCCAACAAGUCCACACCGCCCCUUGGAGCAUCCCACCCAGACCCAUCCCCCUAUAACCCACUCACCCCUGAACACUACGGGCAAUUUAGCAUGGCGAAUCCACCUAGCCUGCACAUCUUUGGGCUGUGGGAGGAAACCGGAGCACCCGGAGGAAACCCAUACAGACACAGGGAGAAUGUGCAAACUCCACACAGACAGUUGCCCGAGGCUGGAAUGAAACCCGGGUCCCUGGCGCUGUGAGGCUGCAGUGCUAACCACUGAGCCGCCCUGUUGAUGGGUUUUGGUUGGAUUGGUAUAUUAAGCAUUAUGGAACCAAGAUGAAUAGAAGGUGUGAAGACACAAAUGAGUUAACAGCUAAUUGAAUGAUGGAACGUGCUGAAGGGAAUGAAUGGCCCCGUUCUGUUUCAGUGAAGGCAGUCUGUCUUUGUGUUUCUGUUGUGCUGUUUUGGUCAAUGAUUCUUUGGUUUAAGGCUGUAAUGGGAUGAGGAAUGGACAUAUUCCCAAAAUAUCCAGCUGUACGUUUUCAGCUAUAGAUAGAGAUCACGUGAUCCUGGUUCAAUCCGAAGGUUUGAAGCUUAUUGUUGUGGUCAGGUGGGACUAAGCUCAGAUGGUGGAGUAGCUGCAGUGCGUUCAGUGACCCUGAACCAGGGCCAGUGAAGAAAGAGAAACAUCAAGCUCUCCAUCACAACCAUCUGAACCAUGUGAGAGAUUCAGACAGUGGAUGCCAUGACAAGGCAAGUAAAGGGCCUGCAGCAACUCACUGAACAGUGCCAUCUGGUGUUCAGUAUUGAAACUUACAGUUGGAUGAAAAAUUCUGGUUUCUCCACUACCUGUGAAAGUUGUACUCCAGUGGGAUACAGUUACCAACUCUCCAGAAUGCCCUGGAAUCUUCAGAUUUAAAAAGGACACUGCAGUGAGCAACAUCCAAGGAGUGGAAUCACAGAUGUAUUAAAAUAUUAUGUUUUUCAUUCUCUUUAAACAUUUGGCAAUGGGGAGGGGUUGUAGAGGAAGAUGUUUGUGAACCAGUUGGAGAAUUCUUGACCAUCAGUCAUAGAGUUUUUUCAAUCUCGGAUUGGCUGUUGGCAUCAUGAGGUUGACAUGUUGGACAGCUCAUGGCUGAGGUUGUGGGGAGGAGCAGUUCGAGGUGAGAGGUUGCAUGACGGAAUCUCCAGGAAUACACCCAAUUAAAGAUGGCAAUUACUAAGGGAAGCUUCCUGCGAGCAAGUGGGAGAUUUUCCCAAAAGAUUCAUCACUCUGACAAGUCGGGUUGUGCCCUUCCUCUUCCACCCACCCACCCACACAUGCACACACACACACCCAUGUACACACCAACACACAGACACACCCAUACAGGCAGAGCGUAAAGCCGUCCUCUUGCUUGUCCAUAUUGCCAUUAUUGAAUGGCUAAGUUGGCUCUGUGGGUCACAUUUUGUUUCCUGUGUAGAUUAAAAAGUGUUUUUUUUAAAAGUUCUGUUUUGUAUUAAUUCAGACAUCUCCCAUUCUGGGCAUUGGAAUAGGGCUUUGGUGAUAUUUUAUUUUACAUGGUAAUAAAUUUGGUACUAAAAUACCUGUCGGCUUUCAUCAAUUCAAAAUCUAGCUAGCCAGAAUAAGUUAGACCUUAGAAUCACACAGCCGUCCCUCUGGACUGACCACAAUGCCAUUCACUUGCCCUGAGCAGUUGUCAGAUGCAGACAACCAGACAUUUUCCAUUUGCCUGCAGACCACACAGUUAGGGAAUUACGUAACGUGGACCUCUGUCUCCUUUCAGGACUGUGCACAGGCACAUUGGUUUGUCCUGGUACUAAACAGAAAUUGUUGUGCACUCAUUUCAAGUUUAGUCUUUACACAAUACUAGUUAGGUCUCAGCUGGAAUAUAGCAUCCAACACUGAGCACGACACUUUCGGAACGUAAAAGCCUUAGCAAGGCUAUGGAGGAGAUUUACUGGAACGGUUUCUGGAGUGAGAGAUCCCCAUUACACGGAGACAGUUAAGAAGCUAAGAUUGUUUUACAUCCAGCUCAAAAGGUUUAAGGUGCUUUUUUAGUGGAAGUGAAGAUUUAUUAAAAUUAAGAGGUGCUUUGAUAUAAUAAAUAGUGAAAAAAUUUUCACUGGCAUAGGGUCAUUGACCAAAGAUCAUAGGUUUAAUCUAAGUUGUGAAAGAACCAGACAUGAUGGAGAAUUUGUUUUGCAGUGUGAUGCUGGGAUCCAGAAUAUGCUGUCUGAAAGGGAGGUGGAAGCAGAUUCAAUAAUAACUUUCCAAAGAGAAUUAAAUAAACACUCAGAGGAGAAAAUUGCAGAUCUUUGAGAAAGGAAUGGGAAAUUUAGAUUUUUUCAAAGAUUUAUGACAGAUUUGAAGGGUUAAUUAAUCUCCUUGUGUGUUUUUGCAUUCCAUGAUUCUCUGAUUUGGCUCUGUCUAUAAACAUACUGGGAUUGAUGAAUAAGAUUGACCAAACCCUCCAACUCAAUAAAACACAGUCACUACUGCAGAGUGAGCUUAAUGUUAAAAUAUUUAUGAUACAAUUCAUUAAAAAAUACAAAAGACUUCUUGAAAAAUUUCAUAGUAAGCAGAAAUGGAUUAAACAUAACUUUACAGUAAUUGGGAGUGCUUGCUGUACAAAUAAAGAAGCAUUGCAAUAAAUUAUAGGGCAUGUCUUUUGAAUGUUUGAGUAUUAAAUUCACAAUGCAGCAAAUUUGGAACUGAUCAUUAAAAUGGGCUAACAUCUGUAAAUUAGGCCAUUUGCUGCAGAGGAAGUGCUAUUGUUAAAGAGCAAUCUAGCUUUUACGUGUUAAGUGUUAUUCCUUCAGAUUUUAAUUAUUGUUGGAGAAUUUAUUAAAGUAUUUUUGAAACAAAACCUUUUCUUCCCCACCCCUUUAUUUCAUUUUUAGAACUGAUGAUGACAAUGGAUUUAAUAAUUUAUCGGACACUUUUUGGUCCAGUCACUGUGCUGUUCAUUACAAUUCUGUAAUUGGAUUGGUUCAAGAGACAAAGAGUUGCUGUUCAUACAGAAAUUUUUACACAGUUCUGGAGUGUAUUGUCACUUUGUUCUGUAACAUAUCCCAAUGCAAAACCCCACAGAGAGCCUGUCACUUAGACUAAAUAUAGAGAGUGACUUGUGCCCAUCAAUCAUUAGGUAAGCCACUUUUUCCAAACUAAUAUCUUGAAACUUUAGGAGCAAUACGUGUAGUUUAAACUCACUCAGAGAUAGUAAAGACUGCUGAUGCUGGAGUUAGAGACGACAUAGUGUGGAGACCAGGCCAGGCAGCGCCAGAGGAACAGGAAAGUUGCCGUUUCGGAUCAGGACCCUUCUUGAGAACCUUCAGGA